AAUAAUCAAACAGACAAAUGUUUCGUUAGUAAUCGACAACUAUCACUAUCGAACUUGGUGACUUGUAACAAAGAUCAGUUUUUCAACUCUCCUUUCAACCUCUGGUUUGAACGAGACGAAGAACGAGUUAUUGUUGAUCAACUCGUUCGGUGUUUGUCGCAGGCGUACGACAGUCCCGUUGGCGAGAGAGGAUCGCAAAUGUCCGGUGGACAGAAGCAGAGGAUCGCGAUCGCUCGGGCCUUGGUCAGACGACCGGCCAUACUUUUGCUGGACGAAGCGACGUCCGCUUUGGAUCUUCAUAGCGAGGCCACUGUGCAGAGAGCUUUGGACGCGGCGUCAAAGGGUAGGACGACAAUCGUUGUCACUCACCGAUUGUCGACCAUUACGAAUGCCGAUAGGAUAGUGUUUAUAAAGGACGGCCAGGUAGUUGAACAGGGCACGCACGAGGAACUACUCGCCCUCGGGAAUCAUUACUACGGAUUGGUCUCUGCUGACGCCAGUGCCACUGCCAGAGCGAAAGCGACGGCCUCGGCGGCAAAGACAGUGACCGCAGCCAUACCGAAGCAGCAGAAGCCACCGUUGAAGAGGCAAUUCUCCACUCUGUCGAUGCACUCUCAUCGGUUGUCGUUGGCUGGCGCGUCGGAGAGCUCGGUGAACCAACUGGAAGAACACGAGAAGCCGUACGACGCACCAAUGAUGAGGAUAUUCGCUCUCAAUAAACCGGAAUGGCCUUACAAUUUGAUCGUCGUGAGGCUGCAACAGUCUCUCGACGCAGUGGAGGGGAUAGCGCUAACGACCUCUAGCGAGGAAAAUAAGAGCAAGGGCCGCCAGUUAGCCACUUCUGCUCUGGCCAAUUCCUUUAUUACUAAACCUACCGACACUUCUUGUAUAUCUAUUUCUACCGUGACCGGUCAAAAUAACCAGUCCUUUGAAAAAAGAUGUCUAGCGGCAGCAAUGGUGGGCGCCUCGUUCCCAGCGUUCGCCGUUCUCUUCGGCGAGGUGUACUACGUGUUGGGUCUGCAAGACGACGAUGAAGUACGCCACGAGACCGUGAACUUCUCCAUUCUGUUCCUGGUGGUCGGCGUGGUCACCGGGCUGGGCACCUUCCUGCAGAUGUACAUGUUCGGCCUGGCGGGCGUGCGUAUGACCGCGAGGAUCAGGAAGAUGACGUUCGGCGCGAUGCUGCGGCAGGAGAUGGGCUGGUACGACGAGGACACGAACAGCGUGGGCGCGCUCUGCGCCAGGUUGUCCUCGGACGCCGGUGCGGUGCAGGGCGCGACGGGGACGCGUGUCGGCGCGAUCCUUCAGGCUCUGUCCACCUUGGUCCUUGGAAUCGGAUUGUCCAUGUACUACACCUGGAAGAUGACGUUGGUCUCCGUGCUGUCGAUACCUCUCGUGUUGGCCGCGGUGUUCUUCGAGGCGCGGGUGAUGAGCGGCCAAGGUUUGCAAGAGAAGAAGAAGAUGGAGGCAGCGACGAGGAUCGCCAUAGAGGCGAUCUCCAAUAUUCGCACGGUGGCCAGCCUCGGGAAGGAGGAAGCGUUCUUGCGGCGUUACUGCGUCGAGCUGGACCACGUGGCCAAGGCGACGAGGAUCAGGAACAGACUGCGAGGACUGGUGUUCUCAUGCGGCCAAACAACGCCGUUCUUCGGCUACGCUCUGAGUCUCUAUUACGGUGGCUCGUUGGUGGCUACGGAGGGUCUCAGCUACCAGAACGUGAUCAAAGUGUCGGAGGCGUUGAUCUUCGGGUCUUGGAUGCUGGGCCAGGCACUCGCCUUCGCGCCUAAUUUCAACACCGCCAAGAUCUCCGCCGGAAGGAUAUUCCAGCUGUUGGACAGAGUGCCGGAGAUCACCUCGCCGCCGGAUUCGGAAGACAAAGAUCUGGAUUGGAAAGCGGACGGCUUGAUUCAAUUCUCGAAAGUCGAGUUCCACUACCCGACCAGGCCCGAAAUGCACAUUCUACAAGGUUUAAAUUUGAUCGUGAAGCCGGGCCAGAUGGUGGCGUUGGUGGGGCAAAGCGGAUGCGGCAAGUCCACCUGCAUCCAAUUGUUGCAACGAUUGUACGAUCCGAUUUCUGGCACGGUGACGAUGGACAGGCGCGACAUCUCGUCGGUCUCGUUGCGCAAUCUGAGGUCUCAGCUAGGCGUCGUCGGCCAGGAACCGGUGCUCUUCGACAGAACGAUCGCCGAGAACAUUGCCUACGGCGACAACUUCCGGAAAGUGUCGAUGGAGGAGAUCAUAGAGGCCGCCAAGAAAUCCAACAUACACAGCUUCGUCAGCUCUCUACCACUAGUGAGUAGCAAAAAAAAAAAUGAAAAAAAAGGAAGAUGUACAACGCCACGUUGUUCAACUGUUCUGUUACAGGGAUACGAUACUAGGUUAGGCUCCAAGGGAACACAGCUGUCCGGAGGACAGAAGCAACGUAUCGCGAUUGCACGCGCCUUGGUCAGGAAUCCUCGGAUCCUACUUCUGGACGAGGCCACGUCAGCCCUCGACACCCAGAGCGAGAAGGUGAGCACUCCACCACGUUUUGAAAUCAUCUUGUCGUUGUUGCUCUCGUCCUCGAAGUAUUUCCGCGGAUCGCUCAGGCAAGAAAUAGCCGCGGGCGGCAAGCCGAGUGGAGAAACACGCGGCGGGCGACGAGCCGAGGGAAAAUGGGUCGUGAAAUCAGGC